GAGGGGGCGCCCGAGGGGGCGUCGUGGACAUGGUCCUACCCCUACCACUACGCCCCCCUCAUGUCCGACCUGGCCAGCCCCCGCAUCCAGGCCCUGGCGCACCGCGGCCGCAGCACCACCCGCCUGGCCUGCCCGCCCCUGCGCCUGCCGCGCCAGCUGGCCGACCCCGGGGGGUGCGGGCUGGAGGGCUGGGCGCCGCCGCACGGGCCCGUGCGGCCGCUGCUGCAGCUGCUGUGCAUCCUGCCACCCAGGAGUGCCCAGUCUGCCCUCCCAGCCGACCUGGCAUCCAUGCUCCUCAUAGCGCAUGAGCUGGAGGAGGACGAGGAGGAGGAGGAGGGGGAGGGGGAGGAGAGGCGGAGUGGAGGGGAGGAGGAGGAAGCGGA